UUUCAAUAUUUGUUAUACCAAGUCAUUUGCAUAUCAAAUUGAACUGUGAUAAUAAGGAUUUAUUAUUUAUGCUUAGGAACAACAAAAUAAUGUGAAUAUAGUUUAGUUUCAAACCAUAAAGAAAGGAGUCGUUUUAUUAUUUAACAGUAAAAAUGAAUUGGAUUUGUGUAUGUAUGUUUUGUUUGCUAAUCAUUUUUGUUCUUUCCGAUUCUCAAAAACAUGUAAGUAUCAAGUAUUUUUCAGUCAUAAAAUGUAAAAUUAUUAAAAUUAAGUAAUUAAAAUAAAAGUGUAAAAUUAAAUUUGUAUUCAUGAAUAAGUAUAAUAAAAUACUUAUAAUAUAAGUAAGAACAAUCCCUCGAGAUUAAUUACUUAAGGAAAUAUGGAGGUACUUAUUUAAUUAUUUACUUAGGUAUCUAAUUGAGUACUUUAUCACAUUCCCUCCCCUCACUACCUCAUUUCAUAAUACAUUUUCAAAAUAUUACCUAAUAGAUAUGAAUAAUACUUAAGUAGAAACCUACAAUAAUGAAUGAAGUAAUGCAUACCAAUACAAAAUUGAUAACCUGUCUUAGAUAGCAAGUAGGUACUUACUAUACCCAAUUGUGAAGAUAGGGAUUUUUUUUUUUAUCCAUUUAUUGUACUAAAUACUAUAAAAAAAAUAGUAUAGGCGGUAGGUACUUGAUACUCAAAUAAUUAGUUUUUAACCAAUUAAAGGUAAAUUUUGAAUUAAAUAGUAAGACUCUUGAUAAAAGAUACCACUUAAAAGGGGGAAGCCCCACAAGUUUUUCAUUGGAAACAAAUUAUGGAAAAUGAUGAAAGAUCCCAAAAUUGUUGCCUCCCCAUAGAUAUUUUCUGGCUACGUGCUUGUACACAGUAUAGUUUCAGAAUAAUAAAUACAAAUAUAUUUGUACUUAUAAUUUUAGUAACUAUUAGACAUUGGUAAUAACUGAUGAGUAAUGACAGUAAUUAGUAUGGAUACUAUUAUAUAUACCUAUUUUUAUUAUUGACAUUCAAUAGUCUUAGUUUAUAUAGGUAAAGAAAAUAAAUAGCAUAGUCAUUCAUUUUACUCAGGCGAUACCAAAUUUGUUUCAUCCAUAUUUUGACCAGUGCAUGAUUAAAAUUAGGUCAGGAGCCAAUCGGUGCUCGAAUUGGAAAAAUAAAAGUUGAAGGUCUUUGGAACUUAAGAAAUUUAACGUCAUUUGUUUUAUUUCAUUUAAAUUGUAAUGACCGGGUUGGGUGCAAGAAGGGCAUUUUCACGGAAAUGCCCUUUUUGCUUAAAAUAUUUUUUUGGACUCUGACUUUUAUACCAGUGGUAUAAACCGGUUGGUUCAACCGGUGGGUCGCUAUAAAUGUUAGUCGCGUUAUUAUUCUAGUCAUAUUUACUUAACCGUUAAAAAGUUUUUUUUUAUUUUUAUUCAGUUAUAACAGUACUACUACAGAGUAUUAAGUAAUUUUAUAUUUUUUUUUUUUUGUUUUUCUACAAACGUUUUUCUUUAUGUAUGCCUUAUAUGGGUCGCUAAUAAUUUACGCCUAAAAAAAUGGGUCGUGAGUCCAAAAAGGUUGCUUUAUACUAUAUUUGUAUGCAAUUAGUUAGAUAACCUUGUUAUUUCUGGUUGUAAAUUAGUAGGUUUGGUAAAAACUGUUUCUAAAUUAUUAUUAGUAGUCUCGUGUUUUCGUUGCAAUGUGUUACACUUCGUGACUAUUAAGUAUUAUGCCGCGUUCACACCAAUGUAACAUGUUAUACAAUACAAAAUAUAUGUUAUAUGUAACAAAUGUUAUAAUAACAUGUACGUCCACACCAAAUUGCAAUAUUUUUAUAUUUAUCAGUUGUUGACAUCAUGGCGACCCAUGAUAACAUUACUAUUGCAGUAGCAGUGUGCGUAAUUUUAAAUUUAAAUAAAAAUAAAAAAUAAAAUUUUGGGUUCGCCCCCUUUAUUAAUGAAUAGAAAAAAGUAUAAUGGUAGUAAUCCUUUAGAUGAUUUAGGACGUGGUGAUUCCUUGUCCGGUGAACAGAACAUUGAUAGGUACUUAAAUAAAUAUAUAAAUAAAUAAACUUUAUUACAUUAUUUCAAUACACUAUUUAUUACUUUAUUACAAUUCUUUAAUCUCCCUGUACCUUUGCUUGAAAUGAAUCAAAUAUUUUAUAUGUUAUUUAAUUUUUUUUUAUAUUUUCCAUCAUCAGUAGAAAACAAAUUUUGUUCUAUAACACUGUUAUAUAACAGAUGCUAUAUAACAUUUUUAUUAAAUUUAUACAACAUGUUAUAUAACUUUGUUAUAAAACACUGUUAUAUAACAAUUUUACUUAGGUGUGGAUGCGGCAUUAGUCAUUUAACAUUUUUGUAUUUUUGUUUAUUAACUAAUAGUUUAUUAUUUAUUUGUUUAUUUAUUAUUAUGUUCUUAUUAUUCAAAAGUUAUGCAUAAAUUAAUAAAAUUCAAGUUCUUUAAUCAUUUUAAUUGAAAUAGAAUAGGUAAUUACUGUUUGAUGCAAGAAGGGCAUUUUCAUGACCAAAUAUCUUUUUUAUUUAAAACUUAGUGGACACAAAGAAAUACAUAACAAAGACAUAAUUAUUUUCUUUAAGAUUCAAUCUUUUAUAUGACACAAAUUUUAUAAUUAUGUAAGUAGAUUUAAAAGAGUGUCACACAUUUAAAACUUUAACUUCGUUUAUCUCAAAACACGUUUUUCAAGAAAACGGCUUUCUUGCACCCAGCCCCUUAAUUAUUGAACUUUACUUAACCUAUGGGAGGCUUUCCCUCCCACACUAAUUUUUAAACAUACCUAUCUAAUUCAAAAUUUCCGAAAACAAAUAAUAACACUACCUACCGUGGGGUAACUUUUUGUUUACAUAAUAAAUACUUAAUGAUUAAGUAUAUACUACUAUGAUAUGUGUUUUUGUUUUAUUUUCUGUGUGUGAACCACUUUUCUACCAUAAAUCUUGCUCCGAUCAUCAGCUUUAGAAAUGUUAAUUUUUAUUAAAAAUUAUUGGCUCGUUGGUGCAAUGAGAAGAAUAUUUUUUGAUUUUCUUUGUAGUACCUAAUCUUAACUUAAAAAACCUAAGAAAAACGUUGGAAAAACUUUUAAUUAUUACCUACAUUAGCACUUGAACGGUUUCUUUAUUAUAUUUUAUUUAUUCAGAAGAGUAUGUAAAUUUUACUGAAUACUUAUAUAGAUAUAGUCUUUUGAAUACACUUUUUUUCAGACAUGGAACAAUUUUUAAAUCAUUCUGGAAAUUUUUCAGUUAUAACUUUAAAAUGUAUUGUUUUAGUAAAUUGCAAUUCGUGGAAAAAAAAAUUCAACUUAAUGUAGUAAUUUUUUUUAUAUGUGCUUUAAAUUCAAAUUUUAAUGAAUAUUAUAAAAUUUUAGAAUAUAAGAAUUACGUAAAAAUCACGGCCCAAUGGGUGAGAGGGGUGAUUACUCUGGAGCCCUCCCUCUCUUGUAUCUGCCACUGCGUUCCACUUCAAACAACGCUAAAUUUCUAAAAAAUUAGUUUUCGUAUUCGCUCCCAAUUCGAGCACUGAGGCCAAUGGAUGCUUUUUUUGAAUGGCUAUUUUUUAUGAUUUUUAAUAGCGUACAUACAUGUUCUUACAUACCAUAUAGGAGGAUAUUCGAGAUCAUGAUCCCUUCCCAAAUUUGAAAUUUUUUUCGAAUCAUACGUAAUAAUUUAUAUUGCUUACAUCAAAUAGCAGUAUAUUCCUUAAAAACUAUAAGUAAGUAUACUUAUAGGUACCAUAUUUUUGUGUUUUACUCUUUUAAAUCUAGCGUAUAUGGUAGUGGAGAAGCUAUAACUUUAGAUUCGGAGUUUUUUUUUUUUUUUAGACCAUAAAGCUUAUGGCUUUAUAAAGAUGUUUAUUUUUUAUAUUUUUUUUUCUGUGGACAACUUUUCUACCAGAGCUCUUAAUCAGAUUGUGAUAAGUGACUCAAAAGUGUAGCACCUUUUCUGAAAGGAAAAUGGUGUGGGGUGGUAGGUACUUUAGAGAGGCCAUUUUUUGAUUUUAUCUGGGGUUUUAUCAAAAAUGUGAAAAACCGAAAAAAACGGAGGAAAAACUGGAACAUGUAAGAAAUGUAAGUAGGUAUUAGUUAAAAAUAUUACGGCCUUCUUUUUUCCUGUGGACAACUUUUCUGCCAGCAAUUUUGCUCCGACUUAUAACGAUAGUACUUUUACUGAAAGGAAAUCUGACUUGGAAGGUACAUUAGGAGGUCCAUUUUUCGAUUUUCUCAAGAUUUUCCCUCGAAAAUGUGAAUAACCAGGAAAAAAUGACGUGGGAAAAACGGGGAAAUCGGUACAUUAAAUAAAUAUUAUUAAAGAAAAUAUAUAAUGCUUAUUUAUUUAUUUUACUAUAUUAUGAGAUAUAUAUAUUGUUGAUAAAACAUCACUAUAAACUGAGCUCCGCUUAGAAUAGUUUUUUUGUUAGCAAUGGUUUAUCGUUGCUUACAAGUAUAGAUUAAAUUAUCUAUAACAUCGGGCUUCACCCGUCCCCAUUAUCCUAGGACGUCUUUUUUUUUUAUUUUAAAACCUAACUUACUACCAUUUGUUUGUUUUUUUUUCUAUUUCUUUGAUCAACAAAUCCAUUUUGUCACUUUUUUAAAGUUUAUAGAUUUUAUACUAUUAGUUUUAAAUUAAAAUGUCAGUCUGCAGUUUUAUAAAUUGUUUUAUUGACAUUAAAAAAUAAAACUAUUACACAAGUAAUUAGUAAAAAUCGUACAAUCUGAGUUUCUACCACUGCAUAGUGCAUAAAUUAAAUAAUAAUAAAUAUAAUUAUACAAAAUUUAGUUUGCUACCUCUAAAAUGUACAUUAAAUUACUUAUAACAGUGGCUGCACCCGACCUCAUGGGGGGGGGCGAAAUAAUUAAAUUUAAUAUUAAUGAUUGGUAAGAAAAUAAGGACAUACUUUGCACGAUGGGUGGACCACUGUUAAAGUGGAGAAGUUGGGAAGUUAAGAUACUGAGGGAAAUUUAAUGUACCUUAAUAAAUUUAAGUAUUGCCAAAAAAAAAAAAUUUUGUGUGGAACUCGGUUAACAGUAUUGCUCAGGAGCGUCUUUAGGUAAAUUUCAUGGAGGGGGGCAAGCAGAUUUUUUUCUUGAAUAUCACCGCUUUGGUCAACAAAAACUUAAAACCUUUAUGUCUGAUGUUAUUUAAACUUAUAUUAGCUUAGAAGACAGUAGAUAUAUUAUAUAAAUGUAGUAAAACAGUACAAUUAUUUAAAAGUUAAAUGUAUUUUUUCACACUAAAUUAAUAAUAAUUAAUAUAAUAAUAAUAUGAACGACAAAAAUAAUAAUAAUAAUAAUUAAUAAAAGUUAGAUGAUCAAGUCCAAAAUACUUUUAUUUUAAACAGCGUUUUGCAAGCGGUUUGAUUAACAAUAUUUUCUAUAUCAAUAUUUUCAUUUCGAUGAAUAUUUAAAAGUGAUAAGCUAGUUAGUCUCUGCUCAAAAUUUUUCUUUUACUAUAAAGUACGAAUUUUAAUAAAGUUUAUGUUAUAUUCCCAAGCAUUUUUGUUUGGUCCAACAAUUUUAUCCACAGAGUACCUAUCAAAUAACAUUUUCUACAUUCCCAACAGAUUAUUAUCAAAAUAAAUAGUGACAUAGGUUUUCUUUUGUUUAUUUUUAUGUUAUUUUGACCAUAUGAGAAAAAAUACGACUUUUAUACACCUUUUACAUUAGGUACUACUUUGCUGAGAAAGAUUUUUUCGUUGCAUAAAAUAUUUAAACUAAAUUACUCUGUAUAUCCUAUAACCUUCCUAGCUUUUCACCUGCAACAGUAAAUUCUAUAUUCAUGUAUUUGAGUUUGAUACAUACAGGGCGUUGACGGAAAUUAAACAUUUCAACACCAAAAUGUAUUUUAACUAAAACGUUAUUUAUCUAUAGAAUUUUUAAAGUAGGUUGCUAUUCAAAACUCAAUAGUAUGUAUAAUAGUUUCACUCCCAAAGAUAACGGUAAUGUAAAAUUUUAGAGCUAUUUAUUUUGGGUGCCAGUUAAAAUUGCCAAAAGAAAACUGCAAAAAAUAUACAGUGAAAAUAAAAACAAUAAAAAUAUUAUUUUCGUUAUAUUUUUUUAAACUUACAAGAUAAAAAACAUCAUCACAUAAAAACAUUAAAAUCAAAAUACUAUAUAAAAUUAAAUUUAAAUUUGAUAUUUUUCCUAAACUAAAAAUUAUAGGCGACACCUCUUAGGUAUUCAAGUCUGUUCAUAUUUUCGUAGUCAUCGGCUAAUUCUUUAAGUGUAUCCCUUAUUCGUUUUCUGAAUGUUUCAAUCGUACCCGCUAUGUACUGAUUUAUUUUCAUGUCGUUUAAACUCUGUUCCUUUUGAAUUGCAUCAAUAAAUUUCCAUAUUUUUGAAUGACAUGAACUCAAUAAAUUAUUAAAGCCUCUAUGCCACCCUUCAACAUAAUUAUUUGUUCUAGGUAACCCAGAUAUAGUAGAUGUAAAGCAGUUCCACAGUGAAAUAGGAAAUCUGGGGUUUCUUCUUUUACGUCUAUUUGGACGACCGAUCCAUGUAUCCUCAAAAUAGGAAAUAAAUGGUUCUAACACGUCUUCAUUAUUAAUGUAAUACGCACUUUCACACAAUGUCUCAAAUGCGUCAAUUACGUGAUUUUCCGGAACAAAAGCCAAGGCAGACAUGUAACGGACUUGCAAUGAAAAUUCUGAGUCUGCUUUAUAUUUUUUUACCAUCCUGGAAAUAGUUUGGAUUUUUCGCCAAACACAUUGUGUUUGAUGAAAAAAAACAACCAUUUUGUUCGGUAUUUGGAAAUUGUAUUUGAAAUGCGUUUAAUGAGUUUUGUUCAAAAACAGUCAUUAUUGUUUAAGUAUUUAAAAGAAUAUUGUUUUAUAUUUAAUUUUCUUUUAAGAUGAUGUGACACAUUAUAUAACAUAUUUAAUAACUUAUAUAAUAACAUAAUAUAUUUAAUAACUUAUAUAUUAACAUUACAUAUUUAAUAACUUAUGUGAUGUCUCGUGCUUAUCACAAUCUUAUGAUAAUCUUAUCAUUACAACAAAUAUUAUGUGUUUUUAUUGCCAAAAAAAACCUUUCCUACAAACUUUGUGUUUUAUCUGGCAUUAAAGCGAAAACUACUGGUAUUACCAAAUUAUGCUUUAUAACAUGUAUCGUGUAUACCUGUGUAAAUAAUAGAGGACAUGACUUAAAAGUUCCAUUUGCAAACCAAUGAUCAGAUUUAGACGGUAAAUUUAAAUUCUCUUUCGUAGCAAAUACUAUUUACUUGUCGUAUUCUACACAAAGUGCGUUUUAUAUAACUUACUGGAGGGACAGUUUCGUGAACUGCUUGUGAACAUAAUGUUGACGCUUCUGAAACGAUUUGAUGUGGAUUAUCUUGAAAUGAUAAAGCUCGAAUUUUCAUUUUGUCUAUACAAAUACGUCGUUCAAUUUCUAAAUUCGAUAUGGUAUGUUCAUUAGGGUCUUGAACAAUUUCUUUGUUUUUUAAAUUAAGGCGUGAUUUACAUAGGCUUUCAUUACAUCUCCCAUACAUGGUAGAUUUAUAUUUUUUAUCAAACCUAUACAGAUAACCAUAAUAUUUUAAUACAUUUUUGUUUUUUGACUUUGAAUAAACUUCAUUACGAUUGAAUUUACUGCACUUAUGAAACGUUUGAACAUGGCAACGGACGACUCGGUAAUGGUAUUAUUAUUUACUAUGAUAAAGCUUGACAAUGCUUAUCUUUAUUACGUGAUCUAAGACGCAAAAGUACAAAGUUAUAUUCCAAUAACCUUGCUUAUCCAGUAUUAUUAUUACUUAUUAUAUUAUAAAGGAAUACUUACUAAUGAAAAUAAUUUCUUACUUUUCGCUAUUAUGUUUUCACUGUUAAAACGUCUCACGAUUUUUACUUUCCCGAUAUUUUUUUUACGAUUUACACAUGAAUACAUUUAUUUCAUAAGUUGUUGAAAAAUAUAUGACUACAUCGUGGAUUUGCGCAAAUAUUUUAUUUAAUUUUCAGACAAACGAACGAACAUUUAUUAUAGAUUAUGAAAAAAAUGAAUUUCUUAAAGACGGCCAAGUAUUCCGUUAUGUUUCUGGUUCAUUACACUAUUUCCGAGUUCCCCAACAAUAUUGGAAAGAUAGAAUUCAAAAAUAUAAAGCUGCUGGGUUAAAUGCUAUAACAACGUGAGUACAUAAUUAUAUAGAAAGUAUUACUUAUUUCUAUUUUACAAUAAUCAUAUGUACUUAUAUAAACAUCAUCUAAUUUAUUAUAUUAGAUUAUUAGAAACAUGAGUUAGUACCUAUUGUAUUGUUUUGAAAUAAACAACCCAACUAAAAUCUUUUUUUUUGAUUUUAUAUUUUUCCAGCAAUUAUGAUUCCCCCACCCCCUCAAAAAAAAAAAAGUUUUCAAUAACAUUUUCCAAACAUAAGAAUUUAUACUUUUACUAGAUACCUAUAUACGUGUAUACGAGAUGUGACUAUUAAAUAACAAGACUUUCAUUCUAAAAACUUUUUAUUAACAAUUUUUAACUUUCUAUAUAUUCUCUUUGAUUUAAUGUAUCGCUUCAUUUGUAUUUUCUUUUGAUUGAAACAGUGUUGAAAAUCUUUUUCAUGUAAUGCCUUCAACACCUGUCGAUUUGUUUUUACAGUUCCAAUUGACUCGAAAUGCGUCGCUUUUACACGUUUUUUUAAUUUUAAGAGCCAAAAGUUGCACAGAGAGCGAGAUCUGGUGAUUAUGGAGUGAUGUUGUAGCACUAAAGUUCGAUUUUUAACCAAAAACUGCUUUAUAGAUAAAGAGAUAAAGCAUUAUGAAGGACUGCGUUGUCUUGAUAAUCCAUGAUUUGUUUUCCCACAAUUCAGGCCGUUUUCUUCUUACUCAUUCUGAGUGUUGUCAAUACUUGUAAAUAAUAAUGUCGAUUUCUAGUUUUUCUCUGGGGUACAUUCAAUCAUUAUUACACUAUUUACACCCUUGAUAUCAUAUUUUUAAUGAACAUGGGCGACCCACAUACGUUGUUCGUUUUUAACUUCAAUACGACCCUCAAAAAUGGCCACUCAAAAACACGUGUCCGUGUCGUAACAACAUCUUUAUAAAUAUUUGUCAACAAACGAAAUCCUUCCAUUUCAGAUUUUCCAAGCUUCAUUGGAAAUUUUAAAUUAAUACACUUUUCAAUUUUUUUAGUAAAUAAAUAAAUAUAUCAAUAUUUGAUCGCUUUAUCGCUAGUCUUUGUUCUCAACAUAAAAAUCAACAGAUUUCUUACACUAACCAGUGGAUGAAAUUAAUUAGAUGAACUUUGUUAGUGGGUACUAAUGAAUAUCUAGUCCUACAGACCAAAUCGUAUGAGGUCCUAUACUAGUCCUAAAUUUUUAAAUGUUAAUUUAGUUAAAAAUUAACAAUUGUCUGUUAUGUAUUUAUUUGGUGAAAAAAAUAGUUUAAAUUGCAAUUCAAAAAAAAAUUGUAUAUAGUUAUGUAGAAUGGAGUUUACAUGAACCAUAUCCUGGCAUAUAUAAUUUUGAAGGCAUAGCAGACUUGGAGUAUUUUUUGAAAUUAAUCAAAGAUGAAAAUAUGUACUUACUUUUGAGACCUGGGCCAUAUAUAUGUGCUGAACGAGACUUUGUAAGUUAUUAUUUGAUAUUAUCAAUAACAAUAAUAAUAAUAUAAGUUCAACUUUUAUUUGUAGGGUGGAUUUCCAUAUUGGUUAUUGAAUGUGACACCUAAAAAUAGUUUAAGGACUAAUAAUUUAAGUAUGACUCAAAAAGUAUUUAUUUAAUGUUAAAUGAAAAUAAAUAAUUAUUCUGAAAUUGUUUUAUAAUGAUAAAAUAUUAUAGUCUAUGGUGGUAUUGUUUAUAUAACUUUUACUUCUUGAACAAAUCUUGAUCUAUAUUCAUUUUCAUAAUCUAUGGUUUUGUUUUGAAUUUUAAUUUAUUGACUUUAAAAUUAAUAUAAAAUUAAAAAGUUAUUUAUACAAAGAGUAGAUAUUUUUUUUCAAUUAUAUUAGUUAUAAAUUUAAUCUAUUAACAAUUAUCAUUGGUGAUAUUGUCUAAUAAAUUUUAUUUUUAAACUAUAAAAUAAAAUUUUAAUUAAAUCAAAUUUUUAAAAUUUGUUCUGUGCAAUUAAACUAUCAUUUAAUGAAAACUAAUCCAUUCCACCAAAUGAAAAAUUGUUUUUUCCUUUGCUUCUAACCUACUUUCACCAUCAAGUAUAAUAUACCUAGUUACAAGAAUUUAAGUUUCUACUGAAUAUUAUUUUUAUAAUAAUGUGUUAAACAUAUGAACUUUUAUAAUGUAGGUUAUACAAAGUAUGUUUCAAAAUGGUUUAGUGUACUUAUGCCAAAAAUUCAACCUUAUUUAUAUGGAAACGGUGGGAAUAUAAUUAUGGUUCAGGUGAGAAAAUAUAGAUUCUGUACAUUAGCCUGAAAAUAAUAUAUUUAUAAUUUUUGGAAUUUAUAAAUUUCAUUAGGUAGAAAAUGAGUACGGGAGUUAUUAUGCCUGUGAUUCUGAGUAUAAAUUAUGGCUUCGUGAUUUGUUUAGGAGUUAUGUACAGAAUAAUGCUGUACUCUAUACAACUGAUGGUUGUGGUGAGUCAUAUGUUCACUGUGGCUCUAUUCCAGAAGUAUAUGCUACUGUUGAUUUUGGAAUUGGUUCUAAUGGUCAGUAUAUACUUAUGUAAAUAAGAUAGAAUGAAAAACCAACACUUUUUUGAUUAAAUGUGUAAUGUAUUAUAACAUUAUUCCUUAAUCACCGAAUAAUAAACUUCAUUAAUAAUACGAAUAUUAGUAAUAUUGGCCAGUAGUGCCAAGUGAUGUUGAUUUGUGUUACCUAUUUGGUUUACUUUCUUACAGUAUCAUGGCUAAAACUUUUGAACUUUAAAGGAAUUUUAAUUUUUGGGAGUUCUUUUGCUGUAAUUCGGUUAUAAGUACACGUAGAGACUUACAUACACAUAGAGAUUUGAAAUUUAGUAAAAAUAUUUAUAUUGGACUUACUUAGGUAAAAUAUGGUAAAAUUUUCAAAAUCAUCGGACAAUUUUUUUUUUUUUAUUUAACGUUUAGAAAUCAUAUUUAAACGAAAAUCUCAAAAAAAAAAUUAAAAUUAUGUAUUACCGAACUGCUCUCGGAAUCGUAUUUCGUCAAUCAAUGGUUUAUCUGUACUUACAGAUAUAAAUGAAAUAACCUUAUGUAUCCUACCUUCUCAACUUCUCACCUACAACAGUGGCCGUACCCGUCCUCAGUAUCAGCUCUUUUGUUAAAAUUAUUUCAAAUUAAUAGAAAUCUUCAAAUAUUGGUAUUUCUUUGUCAGUUGAUUUACUUAUUUUAUUAUCAAAAAUACUUCAAACAAUAAUUUCAAAUUUAUGAGAACAAGAUAAAUUAAGUAAUUUUUUUCAAAAUAUAUACAAAUUGUAUACCAAAAAUAAUUACAAGAUUAAGCUUAGGGCCACCCUAAUAUUGUAAAUAAAGUAUUCUAAGUAUUACACUAUUAUAAUUAUGUAUAGAUUAUUAUAAAAGGUAAUUACUAAAAUUGUAUGUUUUAGCUUCUGAAUGUUUCAACUUUACAAAAAUGGUUCAAAAUGGAGGUCCAUUAGUUAAUUCGGAGUUUUAUCCUGGAUGGUUAUCUCAUUGGCAAGAACCACUAGCUGUAGUGCCAUCUAAUGAUGUUGUGAAUCAAGUUAAAAUAAUGUUGGCAAUGAAUGCUUCUUUUAAUUUUUAUAUGUUUCAUGGUGGAACAAAUUUUGGAUUCACAUCUGGAGCAAACACAAAUGACACUAAAAGUAGUGUUGGAUAUUUAGCACAGUUGACCUCAUAUGAUUACAAUGCUCCUUUAGAUGAAGCCGGAGACCCUACAGAAAAAUAUUUCAAGAUUAAACAUGCUCUCAAAAAAGCAGUAAGUUGUCUGUACUAGUAAAGGUUACUUUUACACUAUUAUAAUAUUCAUAUUGGUAAAUUUGUUCUAUGUGUUUUACAUGGGCAUACAAUAUUAGAUAAAUAAAAUAUCAAGUACCAUUUAGUAUACUGUAAUAGUGUAUGAAAACAUUUUAUUAGGGUGCGGAUUUAUAUGAAUUUAAAAUUCAAAAUUAUGUACUAAUUUUUAACCAAACAUAAAAUUAAAAAUAUAAGAUAUAUAAAAAAAAAAGAACUUUAUAAGUUGGUAGGCCAUUGUUUUAGGUGAGAAGUUGGAGAGGUAGGAUAUAGAGUAAAAUUUAAUGAAUAUCUGUAUGCAAAAAUUAAUGAUGGCUAACGAAAAACGAUUCUUAGCAGAGCCCGGGUAUACUUGUUUUGAAAGUUCAUGAUAUUUACAAUUUUUAUCAAAAUGUUAUAAUACAAUUCUCAUAAAAAAAGUGCCAUAAAGUACGACUUAUAAUGAAUCUCUUGUUAAGUUAUCAAUGUUUUCUGUUUUGUCUAACAAUUUUAUUUACAGCUACUUACCGAAUAAACAUUAUGUAAUAAAACAAGCAAAAGAUGACUUUGACAAAAUGAAAAUAUAUAAAUAGCUCAAAAAUGACUAAACUGUUGCAAAUUUUAAAAAAAGCAAAUAUAAGUUUUCUGUUAAAAUUUUAAGUCUCUUCAAAUAUUUUCAACUGCAUAACAAUAAAAAACAAAAUUGAAAAUAAUUUUGGACAUUUUUCCAUUUUUUCCACCUAUUUUCCCAGUUAUUAUAAAAAUUUCUGGGAAAAUUAAAAAAAUAACUUCCUCAAAGUACCAUCCAGAUAAAAUUUAUUUUUAAAAAAGAUGCUACACUAUAAUAUUGAAGCAAGAUUUCUGGUAGAAAAUUUGUAUAUCUAUAAAAAAAAAAAAAAACCAUUAUAAAACCAAUACAUUACUGUCUUCGCUCAGAAAUUAAAAUGUUUCAAUUCUUGAUAUAAAUUUCAAAAUAAGUACAUAUAAGUAUAAAAUAAAAUUAUAUACAUCACUAAUUUUUUUUUAAAAUAACUGAAUAUUUAAUAAAGUAUGUAAAAAUAUAUAAUAUAAACCGUAGCUUAAAACAAUCAUAUUGCCUUGCAACAUACAUACAUUUUUGCCUUCUACAUAGAAUAUUUUAAUAUUUGUUUAAUAUUUAUUAUUGAUUUGGUUUUAUUAUUUUUGUUUAAUAUUUAGAACUAUUUGGACACAAAUUAUAUUUCACCCAUACCAGCUCCAAAAGGAGCCUAUGGAAAAUUUAAUUUACAGCCUUUGGUUAGUAUAUUUGAAAAAGCUGCACAACGUAUUAAACCUGUGGUUAGCAUGGUUCCAUUACCAUUUGAGGACAUGGAUAUUAACACUGGUUUUGUAAUUUAUGAAACAUCAUUAAAAAACAUUCAAAUGAAUCAUACAAACCCAAUUAUCCUUAAUGUGACCUCAGUUAGAGAUCGAGCAAUCAUUUACCUGGAUCAAGUAAAAUUCUGUUCAUUUUAUUUUAGGAACAUAAGUUCUUAGAUAUUUUGUUCUAGUUACAAGUUGGUAUUAUGAGUCGGUUAAAAGGUAACACAACUAUAAGUUUAAACAUCAAUAAUUCAAUUCAAACGCUGAGCAUUUUAGUUGAAAAUCAAGGAAGAAUUAACUAUGGAGAUUUUCUGGAAGACAGAAAGGUUAGUCGAUUCUUGUUGUAUACAACAACAAUUUGAAUUACUGUUGAAUAUUGAAUAAAUAUAACAUUAUAUUAUUGUGUAUUUGAUAUUUACUAUAGAAUUAAAUUCCAUAAUAAAAUAAAAUCAUAAUUUACUGUAACCUGGUGUUUUUGACAGCAGCUUGUGUAUUUUAUUAUGAUUUACUGGUCACAAAAUUUAUACUAGUAGAUAUAAUAGUAAUAUUAAAAAAAUGUUUAGGGAAUUUCUGGUACUGUUUCUCUUGGAGACCAAGUUUUAAGUCCAUGGAAAAUGAUUGCAUAUCCUUUGAACGAAACGGCGUGGUUUUCAUCUAUCACACCAUCUAAAAAUGUUCAAUUGCCAGCAUUUUAUAAAACACAAUUUAUGUUACCAGAAAACUAUUCAACGUGUUUGGAUACAUAUUUGGACACCUCAGGCUGGACAAAGGUUAUAGGAUUAUAUAAUAUGUGUAUUUAUGUCUGUAAUUUAUAAUUUGAUUGUUUGUUUUAAUAUUUUUUAUUUACAGGGUGUAGCAUUUUUAAAUGAGAUAAAUCUUGGUCGAUAUUGGCCCAUUGGAGGUCCACAAGUGACGCUUUAUGUACCAGCAGCAUUUUUAAAACCACCACCUAGUAUCAACACCCUUGUGAUGUUAGAACUUGAGAAUGCCCCUCAAGACUUGGCUGUACAAUUUAUAGACUAUCCUAUUCUUGAUGGCCCUAUAAGCGGGCCCAGGUUAAGCAAAUGACCCAAAUUGACUUAUCAUUUGGGCACUAGGGACUUACCUCCUCAAUAUGGAAAAAUUAUGUCAUAAAUUAUUUCGCUAUACACACCUUAGAAAUAAUUUACAAUCAUUUUUAUAACUUAUAAAAUAUAUGAAAAAUAUAAUAAUUU